AUGGCUCAAGUGCAUCCUGAUUCUAUCUUAUCAUCUCCCCAUGUUUUUAUCGAUCAUAAAUUUUGUUCAGCCUCAGCUACCCACUUCACAGUUUGGAAGAAAUCCCUCUUACUGAAUGGCAAAGGAUUCACCGUGUUCAAUUCCUUGGGAAAUCUGGUUUUCAGAGUGGAUAAUUAUGCAUCCAAUGCUAAAAAUGAAGUGCUUCUCAUGGAUGAUGCAGGCCAGCUUCUUCUCACAUUAAGGCGCAAGAGAUGGAGUAUUGGGAAAAGAUGGGAAGCAUUCAGAGGAGAUCCCAUGCAGUCUGAGAAGCCCACAUUUAGCCUUGUAAAGUCUUUGGGAUUCUCAAACAAAAUUACCGCCAAUGUAUUUGCAAAUCGAGGUAGAAAAUCAAAGGUUUAUGAUUACAAGAUCGAAGGGUCGUGCAAGUCAUCAUGCACAAUAUUCAGUGUCUCCGGAGAGACCAUUGCACAGGUUAAACGAAAGGAAGCCAAAUUAGAUAUAGUGCUCGGGAAUGAUAUUCUCAAUCUGGUUGUCGAAGGGAGAGUGGAUCAAGCCUUUGUAAUGGGACUGCUUAUUAUGUUUGAUCAGAUAAGUUGA